UGGGAGCACCAGAGGAGCAUCCACUGGGCCAUCGAUGCUGGUUCACUGAACUGCCCAAGGAAGUCAGCUUUGACAGCACUGGACUUGCUUGACGCGACACCUUAUCUGGCGGACACUCGGGCGUUGUGCAAUCUACAACGUCAUACUUAUAUGUUCUCUCCACCCCCCCGAUCACUUCAAUAAUUGACAUCCAUCUCCUAGAUCUUCUUUCUUACAUUGGCUGCCAUCCUAAAUUGUCAGGCCUAUAGAGAGACCUUCCACUGCUAGAAAAUCCACCUGCUAUCCACUAUGGCCCUUGGAGAGACUCGGUCGAGCGUCACUCCGUACCUGGUCUGUCUCGUACUGAUCACCACAUUGGGACCGCUUCAGUUCGGAUACCACUUGGCUGAACUCAAUGCUCCCCAAGCUGUGAUCACUUGCGAAAAGAGAGGCAGCAAGUCAUCCUCCGACCUGCCUCAAUGCAUUCCCAUGAGUCCAUCUCAAUUCGGCCUGGUGUCCUCUAUAUACACUCUAGGCGGCCUAUUGGGCGCUCUGGCGGCUGGACCGAUUUCGACGAAGCUUGGUCGUCAGAUCACCCUACGGCUAACAACCAUUUUCUUUAUCAUGGGCCCGAUUGCAGAAGCGCUCGCGUACAACAUUUUUAUUUUGAGCUUCGGUAGAAUCUUCUCCGGGGUCGGAGCCGGUGCUUCCAUCGUCGUCGGGCCCAUAUUCAUCUCGGAGAUCGCCCCGUCCGGCUCCAGGGGCUUUUUCGGAGCCUUCACCCAGGUGAUGACCAAUGUUGGUAUCCUGUUGGCGCAGCUCCUGGGUUAUUUCCUCAGCGAGGACAGCCUGUGGAGGGUUAUCCUUGCGGUUGCUGGUGGCCUCGGGGCCCUUCAGCUGGUCGUCCUUUUCCUGGUCCCUGAGAGUCCUACUUGGCUUACCGAACACGGGCAGGUGAAUCUGGCCCGUCAGGUUCUGCAACGGAUCCGCGGAGUUGACGCGGAUAUCGAAAACGAGGUGGAAUCCUGGAAAGCGAUACCAGGUGAAUCCGCUGAAGAAGAAUCUCUUCUUGCCCCUCCGCCAGGAACAGUCCGACCCAAGCAACCCCAGGUCACCAUGCUGCGAGUCAUCACUGAUCGUGCUUACCGCCCCGCAAUUGUCGCCGUCGUGGGCGUGAUGAUCGCCCAACAGUUCACCGGCGUCAACAGCAUUAUUAUGUACAGCGUGUCUCUUCUGCAGACCAUCCUUCCCACGACCGCAGGACUUCUUGCCGUGGGGAUUUCGGUGGUCAACCUCGUCAUCACGCUGGCUUGUACUCCUCUACCGGACAAGAUCGGGCGGAGAACCUGCCUCCUCUCCAGUGUUACAGGGAUGGGCACCAGUGCCGCGCUAUUGGCUCUAGGAAUAUUCUACAACUGGAAGGUUCUCUCGGGAUUGGCCUCCCUGCUGUUCGUGGCUGCUUUUGCCGUGGGUCUGGGUCCUGUGCCGUUCAUUUUGGCCUCGGAAUUGGUCGGACCAGAAGCCGUGGGGGCAGCGCAGAGUUGGGCGUUGGCGGCCAAUUGGAUAUCGACCUUUAUUGUCGCACAGUUCUUCCCCAUGUUGAACAAUGCAUUGGGCGGCCGGGGCCGGAUCUACUGGCUGUUUGCCGCCGUGUCUGGGGUGAUGGGGGUGUUUAUCUACUGGUGGGUGCCGGAGACCAAGGGCAAGGCCAAUCUGGAUGAAGUCUGGGGAAGAAAUCGGAGAAGGGAUUAAUUUGGUGGUGUUGUGUUGCGUGGCUGCCCAAGAUUCACAUUCAUAUUAUGCGCUCUAUAGCCCUUCUAAUAUCGCAGGAUGUGCUUGACGACAGUGUUUUUCUCCACGCAGCUUCUGGUUCGAGAAUGGUUCUAGUGAUAUGUACUGGGUGGGUGUCCGUGUCUACGGCUGUGGCCGCACAUAAGCUUUGCGGAAAGCACGCAUUAAUAAAAAUGCCGCGGAAUAAAUAAUCCAGCCUCAGCCCUGCUGUCUGACGAGCAGGCUGCAGCGUUUCCUGCUCACGUUGCAGCGAUCGUCCUUGCAGACAUCCCAUCAGAUGACGGGGAUGCAAGGACAAAUAAUCAUAAUAUAGUCAUAGCCAUAUACAGAGCAAUUAAUAAUACGGUCAGGGAUGAAUCCUGAUCCUGAUGAGGGAUUUCCCCCCUCCCCCUCCCUUUUCCACAGCCACAAGUGUCGCGAGGCUUGGCUUC